AUGGUGUCUCCAGCUGAGCACAAACCAAUCGUCCACAAGAAGACAAACAGGUUCCAUCGCCCACAGUCCGAUCUCUGGAAGCGUGUUCCUUCCGCCUGGCGCCAUCCACGCGGUAUCGACUCCAGAUUCCGCAGGAAAUAUCGUGGCACCCCACUCCACCCAGGCGCUGGCUUCGGAUCUGAUAAGGAGACAAGAUACAUGCUCCCAUCUGGCUUCAUCCCAGUCCUUGUCCGUUCUGUCAAGGAUCUUGAUAUGCUCCUCACAAAGAACACAACACACGGUGCUAUGAUUGCCAAGCAAGUUGGCCUCAAGCUUCAGCAGGAAAUUAUCAAGAAGGCUCAGGAUCUCAACAUCGAAAUCCUCAACCAGUCCCGCAAGGUUAAGGCUGUCGAGCAACAGUAA